CUUCCAUCGCCUCUGCACAAGGGAAGCCUGCCUCCUGGUGCUUCAGGGGCGAGACGUGCAGGGCUCGGAGGAAAGCUCUCGAGACUCAGCGUUCUAAUCAUGUGUUGAUGGAAGUGCUUCUGUGAUCCCUUUAAUAGAAUGGUGGCUGCAGUUUCUGCUCUUCUGCCUCUGCAAGUUACGCUUGCCUGAGAGGAAGGUGAAACCCAAAGAGAACAAAGACGAUAUGGGAAGACUACAUGUGGCUGAAUCGCAAGGACAAUGAACGCACCAAUAAGCAGCAACACUGAAUGAUGUUCUCUGAGUGGAGGAUCGGAAAUAAAUUUUGAAAGACAGUGAAAACACACAAAAGACAUUAAAAACAAAGUGGGAUGACUGCUUUCCUUUACACGGGCACUAUGGCUAAAAUUCUUUGGCUGGAUGGUUGAGACACCGGACACACAUCUGUCAUUUAAAUUUGAAGCAUCCCCUUUUUACUCGGCGCUCAGAAGACUUGGAUAGAGGUGGGAACUGGAAGAGGCUGAAUGCUGGAUUGAGGAAAGAAAUGGACAUUAACAAGCAAACAUGGAAGUAACCUAAGAAUUGAACAAUAGAAAUUACCUCUUCAAAGGACAGGCUAGAGCUAAAGUUACAAGUUUACUGGGAGAGCAGUAUGCAGGAAGCUGGUUUUCAGGCCACAAAUGCGUUCACAGAGUGCAAAUUCACCUGCACGAGUGGUAAAUGCUUGUACCUUGGCUCGCUGGUCUGUAACCAACAAAACGAUUGUGGGGAUAACAGUGAUGAAGAGAAUUGCCUUCUUGUAACAGAGCAUCCACCUCCAAGAAUCUUCAGCUCGGAACUAGAGUUCGUGCAGAUUAUCAUCAUAAUUGUGGUGAUAACUGUUAUGAUAGUAGUGAUCAUCUGCCUGCUGAACCAUUACAAAGUAUCUACGCGAUCCUUCAUCACUCGGCAGAGCCAGAGUAGGAGACAAGAGGAAUCCUUACAACCGGAGGGGUGUUUGUGGCCUUCUGAGAGCUCAUCCUCACGUCAAGUCGCUCCAGAGAUUAUGUACGCCCCCCGAUCCAGGGACAGGUUUACUGCUCCAUCCUUUAUGCAGAGGGAACGUUUCAGUCGCUUCCAGCCAACCUAUCCAUACAUGCAGCAUGAGAUUGACCUUCCUCCUACUAUCUCCCUCUCUGAUGGUGAAGAGCCACCACCUUACCAAGGACCAUGCAUGCUGCAGCUUCGGGACCCAGAACAACAGAUGGAACUCAACAGAGAAUCUGUAAGGGCACCACCUAACAGGACUAUAUUUGACAGUGACUUGAUAGACAUUACUAUGUACAAUGGGGGGCCUUGCCCACCAAGCAGCAAUUCGGGCAUAAGUGCAACCAAUUAUAGCAGCAAUGGAAGGAUGGAAGGACCACCUCCAACUUACAGUGAAGUCAUGGGGCAUUACCCAGGCUCUGCUUUUUUCCAUCACCAGCAAAGUAAUGCAUCUCCUUCAUCACAGAGGGGGAGCAGACUACAGUUUCAGCAGAACAAUUCCGAGAGCACAAUAGUCCCUGCUAAAGGCAAAGACAGGAAACCAGGAAACCUCGUCUAGGUUCCUAUUGUCACGUGCACUUGAAGAGAGACAAGAGAAUCCAACAGGGGUGCGAUGGCAGUUUCUAUGCCCCCUGUGCACAAUAUUGUUAAGUUUCAUGUGAUGCAGUUUUAGUAAAACCAAACGUGCAAAGUU